AUGAGCGGUAGCGGGCUCAGUGGAGGGCACGGAGGUGGUUCUGGUAUGAGCGGCAGUGGUCUUAGUGGAGGAGGAACUGGCAUGAGCGGUAGUGGUCUCAGUGGAGGGCACGGAGGUGGUUCUGGCAUGAGCGGCAGUGGUCUUAGUGGAGGAGGAACUGGCAUGAGCGGUGACGGGCUUCAUGGAGGUGGCACUGGUAGUGGUCUUAGUGGAGGUAGUGGAAGUGGCCUAAGUGGAGGUAGUGGAGGUAGCGGACUGAGUGGAGGUAAUGGAAGCGGUAUGGGUAUCGGAGGUAGUGGAAGUGACUUGAGCGGAGGAACCCCUUCUCAUCAUAUGGGACGUUAACGAUAUCAAGAAGCUGAAAAAAUAAAACAUUUAAAUUGAUUAUAAAUAGAAAAAUCACUAAAAAUUCAUAUUUCAUUAAAAAUUCUUCUACCAAUGGGACAACUACUGGUUAUGAUCAGUAAACAAUUCGAAAUACUUUGUUUCAUUCAAGAAUUCGUUAGUAAUUGUAAU